UGAAUUGGACAAGAACUUGAUCUUUGAAAUAUAUGGGCCGACGUACUGUGGCCCAACCCAUUCACUAUCUCACCGACAUUGACAACCGACGAUCCAAUCCGAUCUGCUCGCAUGUCAACGAGAUCAAAUCCAACUCUCAUUGAACCAAACCUCCAUGCAUCGACUCCAUAGCUAUACAUAGUACAUUCAGUCUAUACAUAUACAUCAAUAAUUAACCAAAUCCAAAAGCAAUUACUUCAAAUGAUCGUGGUUUAUGUGAAACCCUUAUUCGUUGCAAUCUUCACGCUCUCCUCGUUCUUGCUAUCGUUUUCCUCUUUCCUUCCAAUCCACUUUCUCAAGAUUUGGUUUCUUCCAAUUCACUCGUGUAAGUUUCUUUCUCCUGCCUCCAUGGAAGCUACUGAAGCUGCACGAGGAGAUGAUAGAAAACCAUGGACUGGUGAGUUAGCCCGCGUAUGGAGAAAACGAGGGAAAUGUCCUCUUACUCCUAAUGAGACAGCCCCAAUACUUCAGGCACUUUCUAUCCCUACAAACACACAUAUAUAUCUUGCUGCGGGGGAUGGUCUAAUGGAAAUUGAAGGACUAACAUCAGUUUACACGAAUGUAGUCACCAAAGCUGCCCUACUUAGUAAUGAGGAUUUCACUAUUAUGCAUGGCAACACAAAAGCUGCCAUGGAUUAUUAUGCAUCUAUCAACAGCGAUUCGUAUAUGGCUAGUUAUUUUGGAAACAUGGAAAAGAGGGUUGCAGCUAUGAGAGCCUCGAAGGGGUUGUAUAAUACUCUAUUUUUGAGCCGAAAAGCUUUUGUGGAGCUUACUUUUCAAGGUUUAAAAGGAGAGGAGUUGAUACAUACAUUGUGGGAAGCUCACAAAGAAGAUUUCCAAAGAGGAAGAGGUUCUGCCUUGCCUGACUGCUUCUGCGAAUUCAAAUUGUAACAAAAUAUCCAAGAAUGAUCUUUGUAGCUACCACACUAUUAGCUUUCAAAGAGAUUCCCUACAUCUUUGAUCAUUCAUGCUUCCUAAAAGGCAGUGUACGUAAUAUCGGAAAUUGCUUAAUAUGGAAUGAAAGAAACAUUUGUAGUGAUAAGCCGCGGAUGACCAUUCCGCGGAAGAACAUUUGUAAUGAAGGUUUAUCCGCAAUUUCUCGUG